CCUGGGGGGCGGCUUGUGGCAAAGCUGUUCCCGGAGAGGCCUCCGCGGUGCCCCGUGCCGGUGGCUCUGGUCACAGACUUCGUUUCUUUCCGCAGCAGGAGCGGUGCCGGGGUGACAUCUGAGCACACCCAGGCGGUGCUUUGAGGAAGCUGCCGGGAUGUUUCUCCGCCUGCUGUCCGAUGUCCAGUGGCGGGCAGCCAGCCCCAGAUGGAGGAGGAUGACCAGCUCCCAGAGAAGCAGCUCCACCACGGCAGAGCCUCACCCGGUUUCCCUGCCGGCACAGGCGCAGGUGGUCAUCUGUGGGGGUGGAAUCACCGGCACUUCCGUGGCGUAUCACCUUGCCAAGAUGGGUUGGAAGGAUAUAGUCUUGCUUGAGCAGGGCAGGUUGGCUGCUGGUACCACUCGCUUCUGUGCAGGCAUUGUGAGCACAGCCAGGCCUGUGUCCAUAGAGCUGAAGAUGGCACACUAUUCAAACAAGCUCUACCAGCAGCUGGAACAGGAGACAGGAGUGCCAACAGGGUACACGAGGACAGGCUCCCUCUCCCUGGCUCAGACCCAGGACCGGCUGAUCUCCCUGAAACGCAUCGCUUCGUCGCUCAAUGUCAUGGGCAUACCCUGUGAAAUCAUCACCCCCAAGCAAGCGGUGCAGCUCCACCCGCUCAUCAACAUCCACGACCUCGUGGGGGCCAUGUACGUGCCAGAAGAUGCGCUCGUGACGUCUGCCAAUGUGAGCCUGGCUCUGGCAACCGCUGCCUCACGAAAUGGUGUGCAGAUUCACGAAAGGACGAGUGUCAGUCACGUCACGGUCCAGAAGGGUCGUGUGACUGGAGUGGAGACUGACAGGGGACGGAUUCAGUGCCAAUACUUCGUCAACUGUGCUGGCCAGUGGGCCUAUGAGCUGGGCCACUCUGGGGAGGAGCCAGUCCACAUCCCACUCCACGCCUGUGAACAUUUCUACCUGCUGACACACCCCUUGGCGGAGCCGCUGUCCAGCACCUUGCCGACUGUUGUUGACCCAGAUGGCAGGAUCUACAUACGCAACUGGCAGGGUGGCAUCCUCUCAGGGGGCUUUGAGAAGAACCCCAAACCUCUCUUCACGGAGGGGCGGAACCAGCUGGAGAUUCAGAACCUUCAGGAAGACUGGGAUCAUUUUGGGCCACUGCUGAGCGCCCUCCUGCGCAGGAUGCCGGGUCUGGAGGCCCUGCAGAUCCUGCAGUUGGUGAACUGCCCCGAGUCCUUCACGCCGGACAUGAGGUGCAUCAUGGGGGAGUCGCCCACCGCGCGGGGCUACUUCGUGCUGGCCGGCAUGAACUCAGCUGGGAUUUCCUAUGGUGGGGGAGCAGGCAAGUACCUGGCAGAGUGGAUGGUGAAUGGGUACCCGUCAGACAACGUGUGGCCUCUGGAUCUGAAGCGCUUCGGGACCCUGCAGAGCAGCCGCACCUUCCUCCGCCACCGGGUUAUGGAAGUCAUGCCCCUCAUGUGUGACCUGAAGGUUCCCCGCUGGGACUUCCAGACCGGCCGGCAGCUGCGCACGUCGCCGCUCUACGACCGCCUGGACGCUCAGGGAGCCCGGUGGAUGGAGAAGCACGGCUUUGAGAGGGUCAAGUAUUUCGUGCCGCCUGGAAAAGAUCUGCUGGAUUUGGAUCACAGCAAGACCUUUUACAAACCGGACUGGUUUGACAUCGUGGGUGCCGAAGUGAAGUGCUGUAAGGAAGCGGUUUGUGUGAUUGACAUGUCGUCCUUUACCAAGUUUGAAAUAAGUUCCACAGGAAACCAGGCCCUGGAGAGUCUGCAGUAUCUCUUCUCGAACGACCUGGAUGUGCCAGUUGGGCACGUUGUGCACACGGGCAUGCUGAAUGAGAAAGGAGGGUAUGAGAAUGACUGCAGCAUAGCCCGGCUCAGCAAACGCAGCUUCUUCAUGAUCUCCCCCACUGACCAGCAAGUCCAUUGCUGGGCCUGGCUGAAGAACCGCUUGCCAGAUGACAGCAACCUGACCCUGGAGGACGUGACCUGGAAGUACACAGCUCUCAAUCUGAUUGGCCCCCGUGCUGUGGACGUGUUGUCUGAGUUGUCCUAUGCCCCCAUGACUGCAGAACACUUUCCCUCUCUCUUUUGCAAGGAGAUGAGCGUGGGCUACGCCAACGGCAUCCGUGUGAUGAGCAUCACUCACACAGGAGAACCUGGAUUCGUGCUUUAUAUCCCCAUAGAGUACGCCCUCCACGUGUACAACGAGGUGAUGAACAUGGGGCAGAAGUACGGGAUCCGCAAUGCCGGUUAUUACGCGCUCCGCAGCCUGCGCAUCGAGAAGUUCUUCGCCUUCUGGGGCCAGGACCUGGAUGCUUUUACCACUCCCAUGGAGUGUGGACGUGAGUUCCAGGUCAAGCUGGAAAAGGGAAUGGAGUUUGUGGGCCAGGAGGCGCUGCUGGAGCAGAAGCAGAACGGGGUCUACAAGCGCUUCACCAUGUUCAUCCUGGAGGACCACGACACGGACAUGGACCUCUGGCCCUGGUGGGGGGAGCCCAUCUUCCGCAACGGCCGCUACGUGGGCAAGACCACCAGCAGCGCCUACAGCUACACCCUGGAGCGCCACGUCUGCCUUGGCUUCGUGCACAACUUCGACGAGAAGACGGGAGAGGAGCUGGUGGUGACCACUGACUUCAUCAACCAGGGGGAGUACGAGAUCGACAUCGCCGGGCAGCGCUUCCAGGCCAAGGCCAAGCUCUACCCCUUCAGCUCCCUCUUCACGCAGCGGCGCCGCAAGGACGAGGUGGAACUGAGCGGCUACCAGAGGGAGUAGUGUCUCCCCCCCCAACCCGCUCCUCGUCCCAGGCUGGAG